AUGGCUUUCAAGCGAGUCCAGAGCCCAUCAGGCGUCCUUCCCCUUCUCCUCGUCGCAUCUAUCGUCAUCCGGAGCAGCACUUGCGCCGCUGAGCAUGGCUUCAAUACUCGGAACGCCACGUCCAACUUGGACGGUAGUAAUCUGGAGUCACCGGCGUUUGCGGCGACCGCGACUCGCGCAUCUAGGAAGCUCGGCAUCCUCCCGUUCCCCGGCUUUCUCAAGUGUGCGCUCGUGGCAUACAUGAACGCGGGUAGUGUUCAGUCCAUUCUCGGAGGGGAUCCCGGUGCGGAUGGCGUGGCACUCAUUCAAGUGUACAGGUACAACGAGCAGACCAACGUGAACAUUCGCCUGCGAGCGCACGCACUCUCCUCCUCCCCCAUCGCCCAGACCAUAAACAAGGCCUAUUCGGGUAGCAACGGGUUACCCGCGUGGGUGGUGUCAGGACAGUGGUCUCGAGAUGACAGCAACGAUGUAUACAACCUGCAGAAGUGGUACUAUGAGGCUAAUAAGAAGUACCCUCCCGGGUCUGCUAGUUCGGUGCACUCUAUUGUGAGGGCGAUGGCGGACGAUCCAAGGCGGUACUAUGCGGUGGUGAGCUCUGUGACGCGGCCGCUAGGGGCGAUCAGGGGGCAGUUCAGGCGGACUCUGCCGUUCCUGCUGUACCCUUGGAACCCGUGCUAA